AUGGUGGCUGAUGACCUCAUAAAAUCAAUUUUGAUCAAAAAUCAAAGUGAUAAUUUACCAGAAGAUUGCCUCGUAAAAUCAAAUUUUCUAUCUUUAUAUGAGAACUUCCAAUCCAUUGACUAUAUGAAAGAUCGAGCAAUCCUGUCAACAAAAAAUGAAUAUGUAGACAUGCUAAAUGAUAGAAUCAUAAAACAACUUCCAGGUGAAGGAAAAAAAUUCUACAGCUUUGAUGAAGCAGUUGAUGACAGAAAUCAUCACUACCAGCAAGAAUUCCUAAGCGUUGCUACCAAAUGGACUACCACCCCACAAGCUGAUAUUUUUGCAAUAACAACUAAUGUGAAACCGUCGAUCAACUAUAUUACAAGACACAACAAACCAGACACUAGGAGAGAAAUCACGCUUAUGAAUAUAAGUGGAAUGCUAAUGUGUGCAACUUUAUUUGGAGAUUUGGCUACAAAUGAAGGAUCAAUUCUUGAAGAAGAAAUCAAAUAUAAGCCUAUAAUAGCAUUAUCAGAUUUUAAAAUCUCUAUAUAUCAAGGAACAAGCAUAUCGUCGCAAAUUAUUUCAACAUUAUGUAUCAACCCAAAAAUAGAACUAGCUAGCGAAUUAAGGGAAUGGUUCCAAUUGGAAGAAGCUGCAAAAGCAAAAGGAUCUCCAUCGAUGCUUUUUAAAAAUGCUAAGGAAAUUCAUAUUAGUGAUAUUAUGCAUACGUCACAGAAUUCGAUACAGGCACAAUAUUGCACAUUUAAGGCAAAGAUAACUACUAUUUUAAAUAGGCUCGAGCCAUGGUUCUAUGCUUGCAAAGGCUGUGAUAAGAAGGUUGAUACAGAUGUUAGUAAAGAGUGUCUGAAUGACAAAUAUCACAGAAUCAUUAAUGACCCAUUACCAAUGUACUUAGUUAAGAUUCUCAUGGAAAAUGGCACGGAUAAUACAAGAGUAACACUCUUUGACGCAGCAGAAACUCUUAUUAGAUGCAAAGCAGAAAAAUUCAUUACAGAAAAGAAAUACAAAAAUAAUCAUAGUCCAUAUUUUCAAAAAUUUGUUUUGAACAUCGAAAAAACAUUCAAAUUUCUGGUGAAGUUAGAUGAAAAGACAAAAGAUGAACGAGGCGAAGGAUUGAACUCAAGUUCAGCUGAUAUCCUUGUAGCAGAACUUUUAUUCACUCCUAUCUAA